ACCGGAUGUUGAUACUAGCUCGAAAGCGCAGGAACAGCUGAAAAAGAAUAACAAAGCCACGACGACAAAAACAACAGACAUACGCCUAAAAUACAUCUUACAUAUUCUUGACACCAUCGCUGGACGGUUGAUUUGAUACUAUUGAAGCCAGUUUUAAGAAGGAGGUGGUGAUAGUUUCAUAACUCAGAGAUCAGACGAUGGGGCGUAUCUUCCUGGACCACAUUGGCGGAACUCGCCUCUUCUCUUGUGCCAACUGUGACACUAUCCUGACUAAUCGCUCUGAGCUCAUCUCCACACGAUUCACUGGAGCCACAGGCAGAGCUUUCCUCUUCAAUAAGGUGGUGAAUCUCCAGUACAGCGAGGUCCAGGACAGAGUGAUGCUUACCGGCAGACACAUGGUGAGGGACGUCAGCUGCAAGAACUGCAACAGCAAACUGGGUUGGAUCUAUGAGUUUGCUACUGAGGAUAGUCAACGGUAUAAAGAGGGACGUGUCAUCCUGGAGAGGGCACUGGUUAGGGAGAGUGAGGGCUUUGAAGAGCAUGUCCCUUCAGACAACUCAUGAGCUCUGGAUGUUGCUAUGCCUGCCUAUCCCUCUCCUCUAACCCUUUGCCUCUGUGCUGAGAAUCACCACCUGCAGACUUAGUGGUCAGUGAAGUUUUGACUUCAACCCCCACACUCCUUCCCUGUCUCUGGCAUAUGACCUUAGACCUUUGCUGAUUAGAAGAAUGGUGUGCUGGAUAGGCUUCUUCAAAAUACUCCUCUAUUUAUGUGUCACUGGGCAGUCCUACCAACACAGCUGACAGCAUUGUUAGGGAGUUGUACCAUCACUAAAGUGUGAGCACGAUCAUAAAUUUUUUUUUUAUCCUCUCACAAACUCACCCAGCACACUUUCAGAGUGAUAAAAAAAAAACAAUAUGCAUGAUGUUAAAUGGGUCCCUCACAUUUAAAACGUUCACCUUGUUUUAUUUACAGAAAUAAGUAGACUGCUAAAUAUGAUUAUUGUUCUGAUGUGAACCAACCAGCCCUCUACAAAGACCUGUUAAAUGAGCCAAUUGAGAUGUAAUUUUUCAUACUGCUUUUGUGGUAUGUGCUUCUGUGUUGUGAGGUUUGUCUCAGCAUGUCACCUUUUUAGUCCUGAAUGCAAAUAAGACACCAAGACCAUUCACCCUGUAUCGGUUACAUUUUCUUAGCUUGUAGUUUAAUGGAUAUAUUACUGUUCAAAAUCUCUGUUCUCAUCCAAAUGAUGCCAUGAGGACCGCACAGAUUGAUGUCAUUUUUUUGUAUUUAUUGUUAAGCUUGACAAUGAUUACUUUUUUCCAUCUUGCUCACAAAUUGUGCAUAUAUUUUGAUUGACAUGCCGUUGUUGAAAUGUAUUCAGAGUGGUGUUUUUGUCUCAUUCAUCGCCUGGAAGUGGUGUCCCACACAGUUGACAGAUAUUCUACUGAAUUCAGUUGUAGCAAUCCACAUCUGUUACCAUGGAUUCUGUGUCUGUAUGUGCAGUGAAGAGCAUGUCCCUUUUGUGACUUGUCAGAAGCAUGCAUCUUUCGGCCACGUGUCGUCUUUGUGACUGAGGCCGAAUGUGUGUUAAAUGUGAUCAAGGCUUUUUCUGGUUGUCUGUUGUUUUAAGGGGGUGGGUCAUCUUUGAAAACAGCUGUAUUUCCAGAGGAAUUACUAAAAACAUAAUGCACUGGCCAUUCGGUAAAUGGUGUUUAAGUCUGAAAAUAUAUUUAAAUCCUGCUGGUGUUUGACCAUUUAAACACAGUUCUUUGCAGAUGCUGUCUCCAGGUGUUGGAAGUAUUUUAAGCAAAGUGACCCACCCUCUUUAUAUUGGGUUUCGUCUUUCUGAAAACACAAAGCCAGGUGACCUUUAAGAGUGUUUUCUUUAAAAUCAAGUCCUUGUCCAUGAUAGACUAGAGCCUCCAUUUUAUAUGAUCAAAUUGUAGUGAAAAAAAGAUAUAUUUUUGACAUUUUGUGUCAGUUUUUGAGCCUUGUGGCACUGAUGCAACAUCAGGCUAGAGUUAGUAUGAAUGCUUUUAGGCGUUACCAAAAUGGUUCAGCCUUCACUACCUUUACAAGGUCAUUCAAGGCAGUGUGGGGUUAGGGUUUCUGCAAAGGCAAAGAUAAAUACACAUUCACAUCAUUCAAGUUCCAAAGUUAGUGCAGUGUACUGUUGCCAUCAUUUUGUUCACUUUUAUAAUUUUAUUCAUAUGCUAUUUGUUUUAUUUACAAUACAUUAUAUGAGUGUUAGUUUGGCUGACACGUUUAUCUUGAAUAUUUCUUGACUUGAAAAUAGAAAAAUAAUUGUUUUCUUCUUUGGUUAUGGCAAGAUUUUCUCAGAUGUGCUUUCUAAAUAAAGAUGCAGUCUUGCUGAAUUCA